AUGUGCGAUUGUGAGGGCCAUCUGAAGUGCCGUCUGCACUUUGAAUACAACCUAAUCGAGUCACACGACACGGUAAGGAAGAUCAGUGAGGGUCACGAAUAUACGUUCAUACACACGAAAGGGGAUGAUGAAGGAACUUGCAAAAAGAAGAUAUACCUGUUGGGGUUAAAUUAUGACGAGUGGAUUUUCCUGCGCGGAAACUUCCGCUUUCGCCUUUUAAAGGGGAUGGGGAAAUUUAACGGGCAGGUAAUGAGACCAUCGGAGAGAUACACCAAUGUGCGAAUACCGGACUUUUACCCCCUGUUCAAAUUUGUAACCCUGAAUGGGAGUAACGUUAAAUAUGAGAAUAACGGAUUUGUCUUUUCUGCGAAGGAUUAUGAAGGUUGCCGUUGUUGCGGGGAGGAAGAAAAGACCACUAACCAAGGGUAUACACCACAAAGGGGAGAAGAAGUGAAGGUAAUCGAUAGGGAAAUAAUUCAAAGCAGAAGCGAUUUAACUGAUUCGGAACAAAAUAGGAAACCCAAUAUGGCUUCCUCUACGUGUACCCACAAAGGUGAAAAAAAUUGGUGCCAGAACGAGUGCAGCAAUAAGGUAUUGCAAAAUUAUCUAUACGGAUUGAAUAUGUUAAAAAGGGACAAUGGUAAGAGGAAAGAAUUCUACGAAUACGUGGUGAACGCGGAGAGGCAUGAUAUUAGCACUCUAGCGAGUGUGCACAUGAUGGAUACCAUAAGCAGAAAAAAUUUUUGGGAAAAGUAUCCUAUCAUUAUUGCUUUUGAGAAAAAGAAAGAUUUUCUUUAUCAUGUCGCGAAUAGAAAUUGUGGGAAGAAGAUCAACUUGUCUAACUCGGAGCAGAAUAAUAGCCCGUAUAUUGACACGUAUCAGGUGUCCUACAUUUUGAGGGAGUUCCUGCGGUAUAUGCGGAUCGGGAAGAAGUACCUGGUGCGGGACAUGCUGGUAAAGGCAGGUGGUGAGGGAAGCGGCCAUGAUUGGAUACAGAUCAACCGUGACGGCAGGCAGGACGAUUCCCACGAUGACAAGAGAGGGGACCACCUCAGCGUUGCUCAUGAAGAAGAAGAUAAUCUGGUGGAAAACGAAGUGUGCGAACCGCAGGAGGAGGGCGUAACAGACGCAGAUGCCAACGGACGUGAACACCGAAUGACACAAUUGCCCGAAUCGGGCAGAUGGUCGAAAUUUGAACAUUGGGAGUUUUACAAAAGGAACAGAAUAAACAGCAGAAUUCACCAGUUUGAUUACCCAUACUAUAGAAGAGAGAGAGACACGAGCAACAUAUUUAGCGUUAUGAUCAUGGGAGACAAGGGGAAGGGAAAGAGUCUCCUAACCAUGAACUUGGUAAAUAAUUUAUUAAAUUUCCACGAAGAAGUAUAUCUGGUAGAUAUUGAUAUAGGACAGCCGAUCAUAGGAAUAAGUGGUUUUCUGUCCAUAUAUAAAAUAAAGUGCCCAUUAAAUAAUUAUAAUUUUUUUGAGAAAAAAGCCAAGUGUGUUAAAAAAAUAUUUUUUGGAGGAUGCUCCAUCGAGGAAAAUAUCCCGUAUUACGUUAACUGCCUGGAACAUUUGUACUUUUACUUAUUCAAUAUUUACUUUGAGAAGAAAAGGAGAAGGAGAAGAGUAUCCAAUAGAGUGGAUGAGUGCUGCUAUCCUGUUGUGAUUAACACCUUCGGAUGGGUCAGAAAUAUUGGGCUUCUCCUCCUAAACUUAAAUAUCUAUCUAAGCAAUUGUAAUUUUAUCGUCCAAAUAGAUUCACUAAAAUGUGAAGAAAAUGUAAAGAGCAAAUUGAGCAGAGAAGAAUUGGUUUCCUACCUGUUUAAUGAUUUUCUGCUGAUCAAGCUAGGUAGACGAAACGACAUGUAUACCAUCCUAAAUUUGAACAAUAAAAAUGUGUCCCUAAUUUCGGAGCCGCAUUCCCUCUUUAACGUUAUCAGUCAGUAUAGUCACCUGAAGGAGGACAAUUUUUUAUUUCACAAAUUUGAUAUGUCCUUCGAGAGGGAGGAUAUUAUUCAUAGUAAGUUCUGCCGCGAGGGGACAGGUAAUAAUUUUAAAGAGGGAAAAUGCGAAGCGCACCUCAGGGAUGUUAACAAGGUGGAUGUGAAUAGCUGUCCACGGGGAAGCAGUGACUUCAAGGGGGAUGGCCAUUCGAUAUGCAGUAACAAGGAGGUGGAAGGUAAGGAGAAACAGAAAAGGGUAGAAAACCAAAGUGGUACUAAAAAUUACGAGAUGCAAUUCGGAAGUGAGGAAAAGUACGACUAUUUGAAAAAAAAAAUGAAGUUUUUUUUUGGUUGGAAUUGUGUGAGGGUAAUCAAUUUUGUAAGCUACGAAAAUAUUCUAUCGCAUGACAAUAUGCAUGGGAUGUUGCACAGAUCGGAAGAGUGUUCCAUCCAAGCGAGAAGACUAAGGUGGUUUCGCAUCUUUUGUUACUUUUUUUACAAGUUUAAGAAGAUCAUUUUUUAUUCCUACAGCUCAUCGUUUGGUAGCACCUUGAGGGAUCACUAUGGCAAUUCACAUCGCAGAGCAAGUGCUGACCAAAUGAAGGAGCAACCAACGUUAAACCAGGAAGGGGAACCCCGCUCAGACAAAACAGCCGCUAUGGAUGAGGGUCUUCUAACUGGGAAGGUGCUACCUACAAAUGAUAAACCCGUGGAAAAAGCAUGUCAUGACAAAAUUAAGCACACCAUGAGUGAAUGCAAAGGAGAACAAACCAAUUUGAUGACGAAGGAGUGUUCUACCCAGAUUUAUAAAACCGUUCAGCGCAACGGACCACUGUUCAACUGUGCCAUUUUUAAUUUAAAGAAUAUUAAGUUGAGCAGCCUACUUUUUAAUAGGUACUACUUUAACUUGUUCCCCCAUGGGUACUUCAAUGCCAGCAGGUUCUUCUUUAACAAUGUCAUAUGCCUUUGUAAGGAUGUGAAUGCGGCCAGUAGUGCAUCCCGAAGUAAGCGCAAACGGGGGGGAAAUCAUGGGGAGUUCGUAGGGAGCUACCAAAUGGGGCAGACACGUGAAGACAAUGUGCAACGCAACAGGGUGGAUUAUUACAUCGAUCGGUUACACAUAAAUGAAAAUUUUAAAAAUGAAAAUCCUUUCAUUAGGGAGGAGUAUCUGAGGGAGAAUAAUGUCCAGUUAGUUCCCCUGAGCGAGAAUUUCACGUGUCUGUUAACAGCAUAUGUAAAGCUAAUAGAUAAUAUGAGGCUCAUCAUUUAUCUACCCUUCUGGUUUCAAGACUUCGAUUUGCUUUCUACUGUUGAUACGUUUGUUGCCGGCACACAGCUUGCCCCCAGGUACAUGGAAGACAUGAUUAAUGAGUAUUUAUUUUAUUAUGAUGUGGUUACGAGGAAGGGGGUUGACAUGAUGGAUGCCCCCCAAAUGGGGAGUCCCACUGAGGGGGGCCCAACUUGUUGA